AUGGUUGAAAAUAUUCGUGGCAAAAAUAAAGCUGAGUGGAAGUCAGAAGUGGAAGCUAUAGAGAAGGACAAUGAUGAGAGACUAUUCAAUCCCAUUUACCGACUGAAAGGUUUUGAUGGUUGCAAAGACACUCCAGUUGAGGUACUCCAUGUCUUCCUGCUUGGUGUAGUGAAGUACAUGACCCAGGACUUCAUGAAGGGAUUGAAGGUGUAUCAAAUAUCUGAACUGAUUGUGAGGUGGGAAGCCUUCAACACGGAUGCCCUCAACCACCCUUCAAUCAGCCCUUCUUACGUGGUCAAACACUAUAAAAGCCUCAUUGGAAAGGACUUCAAGAUCAUCCUCCAGGCUGCCCCUUUUGUCUUUUUUGACUUCAUGAGCACAGCUCAAAAAGGCCACUGGUUUUCACUCUGUAUCCUAUCCACAUACAUCUUCCAAUCCAACAUUGCUGACAUGGCCACACACUUGGCCGAUCUCCGCAAGUACAUAGAUAUAUUUCUAUUUCACACCAUCCAACAGUCGGCAAGAUGGGUCAACAAACCCAAAUUCCACAUGUUAUUGCACUUGCCUGAGUCCGUGGAGCGCUUUGGGCCUGCAGGAUUGUUUGCCACAGAACAAUUUGAAAGCUUCAACAAGAUAUUGCGGUUGGCGUCCAUUCACUCAAACAGACACAAUCCAGGGAGGGAUAUUUCAAUCAGCUUUGCCGACUUUGAAUGUUUGCGAGCCAUUUUCUCUGGAGGGCGCUUGAUCAAUCACAGAUCUGGUCAGACCUUCUUUGCCAGUCCUAAUGUGACCAACAUCUUCAGGGACAACAGCCUCAUUCGGAGGUCCAUGGGGUAUAAUGAUAACAUGGUAGCUGAUUCCCAUGUCUAUCCAAUGGAGAUGAUCACUCCAGUCCCCCAAGAGGAGAAAGAACCCCCCCCACAUUACCUACAGGAACAUUUGGCUGGAUAUCACUUUACUCAGGUCCAUCAGCUGCACAUCAAUUCAAAGGAUGUUUGCAAGAAGGGAUACUUUGUGGUUAUUUUCCCCAGGAACAAAUCCCCAAAAUUCAUUGGGCGCGUGGAAUCUAUAUGGAAGGGACAAUUCCAAAACCGCAAGACUUUAUACGUCAAAAUCACACGAUUUCAAGUUAAAUCCAUCGACCAGUUCUACAACAUGACCGCACUUGUAAAUGAGAAGACAAUUGAGUUUUAUUUGGCCUCAGAGGUUGCCGGAUGUCUCAAUGUGCAACAUGAUUGCCAUCUUGGGAAAUGUAUGCCAGACAAAAACAAUAAGAGGAAAUUUGGCCCAGAGGAAGCAGCCCCAUCUAAGGAAGCUGUUAAACAUCAAGAUGACCAUUCUUACAUAAUCAAUUCUGCUUCAUUGCACUCCAUUCCUCUGCGUCAACAAUUCUCCAACAUGACCCGCCCCCCAAUAACCCCAAAGGCCUGGACCAAGUGUGUUCAGGAUGGGCUCAAGAAUUGGUUUGAGCCUUCUAAAGGCAAGGCCAAGGCCCCAAAGGCCUCACAAGUAGCAUCCACUUCACAAAUGAUGUUAGAUUAG